UUAGCGAAUUUGUGCAGUACUUAGUUUGGGUCAACCCUGGUGAGUGAGUGUUUUGACCGACUUCCGGGUGCUCAUGUGAUUCUUUUUUGCAGGACUGGAGGUGGUGUGGAAUGGCAAGUGACACAUACCAGAUAGUAGUGCAAGGCGAGGCGUCAGAGACCGACUCAGAUGAUGAGGUAUACAUCACUUCCCUCUCUCCACAUUCAACUGCCGGAGGGCAAAAGGUACCAGGGGAAGCAUCUGAGACUGACAGCGAGGGGGAGGUUGAGAAAGUACGGAAAUGUGUCAUUCCUGCAAGCUCUGAAAACCCACAAAUAUUACACAAGGACUUAACUCGCCUGCUUGUGAUCAGAGAUAACCCUGACAUUCAGUCCGUGGUAGAGGAGUUGGUUGUGUCUAGGCCUGAACACAGUGGGCUCUACUACAACACUUUACUUCAGCAGAAAUUACAGGAGAGCAAUGCACGUCUGUGCACGGAUGUGUCCCAGACCAUCAAACAGGUGUAUGGUAAUGCCACAAAGGAGAUCCGCAUGGCCACGACCCACCUGAACAGCUCCCAGAACGGCAUCAUCAACGCCUCCCACAGCAUCCGACUCAUUCUGGAGGACCUCAAGUCCGUCUCAGAGAAAAUGGACAUUAUCACCAGCUGUUAUCUGCUCCCCGAUAUUACCAUCCCCUCCUCUCRKYCUACCCCUAUUCUCGGACAGUGAUGUUCCUCAUUCAUUGUUUCAUAUGUAUUAUGUAGGCUAAACAAUGGGGUAUCGUUAUUUGUAAAAGGCACUUGCAUUAGGUGAAUAAAUGUUGCAUGCUAUUAAACUA